AUGGAUCGCUGGAAGCUGCAUAAUAUUUUAUUUCUCAUGCUUCUCUGCAAGGCCAAUGGACAGUUAUUCAAUGAUAGAAGAAGACCGCCACAGACGCCUUGGCGUGACAGAUUUGAACAAAUAGACCACUUCUGGGAGCGCCAGUUCACCCUCCUGGCUCCAGACCUGCUGCGAGCAGACAGUGAGGAGAACAUCUACAUGGUGGGCGAUGGCCUGUCCGACCCUGUCACCGUUUCUAUCUCCAUCCAGGACUUCAGUAAAACCACCAUGCUGCUGCAGGACUCUGCCAUACUCAACCAGGAGAAUGGAUACCACACUCUCAAGUCUAUACAGCUUCCCUCUGACCUCUUGAACCGUGAUGAGAAGAAGAACAAGUUUGUGCAUCUGUCUGUGAGCUUUGGGGACUUCCACACAGAGGAGAGGUUGUUGAUGGUUUCCUUUCACUCAGGAUACAUCUUCAUCCAGACGGACAAACCUAUCUACAACCCUGGAGACACUGUUCAGUUCAGAGCCUUCGUGUCCUCUCCUGCUUUCAAGGCUUUCGACAGCUCCAUCACCAUAGACAUCCAGAACACAGAUGGUAUAGUGAUUAAGCAGAUCUCCAGGACCAGAGCUGUUGAUGGCGUCUUUAAAGACACUUUAGUUCUCUCUGAAAUUGUCAAGGAAGGCAUAUGGAAGGUGAUUGCAAAGUUCGAUCACUGGCCGCAGAACACAUUUACCACCAAUUUUGUGGUGAAGAAAUAUGUGCUACCUGCCUUCAACGUUACCUUGACGCCCAAGAAGUCCUUUCUCAGCCUGGAUGACACUGAACUCAUUGUAGAGAUCUCAGCAAGGUACCUGUAUGGGGAGCCAGUCCAGGGGACAGCCUAUGUUGUGUUUGGAGUGAAUAUCAACAAUGAGAUGCGCAGGUUGCCUUCAGUAAAGCAGGUUUCAGAUCUGGAUAGAGGAGUUGUAAUACUGAGCAUGGAGGAGAUAAAGAGAGCGUACCCCAACAUCAGAUCUUUGGUGGGGAACUCUGUGUAUGUCAAGGCUUCUGUGCUUACACAGUCUGGCAGUGAUCUGGUUGAAGCAGAGAAGACUGGCAUUAAAAUAGUGGAGUCUCCCUUUGUGUUAUCCUUCAAAGACAUACCAAAGUACUUCAAGCCAGGCCUGCCCUUUGACUUUACAAUCCAGGUGAGCCACCAUGAUGGUUCCCCGGCUCGUAAUGUUCCUGUUAAGUUGAACAUGUUGGACACGCCCCUGAUCGUCUCCAGCACAGCCAGAGUCACCAUCAACAUGCCGAGUGAUUCACGCCCACAAACCAUCACUGCUGAAACCACCCAGGCUGAUCUGAGACCAGAGCAGCAGGCCAGGUAUCAGCAAUCAAUACAGUCAUAUGUCAGCCUGGACCGCCGCCAGCAGAACUACCUGUACAUCUCCACAGGGACAAACAAGGUGUCUGUGGGAGAAAGAAUGUCUCUGAAGCUGAGCAUCAUCACAGCAGAGCAGACAAACAGGGAUCUCAUUAAACAUGUUACAUAUCUGGUGGUGAAUAAAGGUAAAAUCAUCGUAGCCAAGCGUGUGGAUGUGACCGGUCAGGUGAUCACCAGUCUUGGACUGAUGGUCACACCGGAGAUGUUGCCUUCGUUUCGUGUUGUGGCAUUCUACUGGAUCUGGACAGGGCAAGAGGAGGUGGUGCCUGACUCCAUCUGGGUGGAUGUGGUAGAUUCCUGCGUUGGAGGGCUGAGAGUGGGGCCAGCGGACGGCAUACAUCGAGACUACAGACCUGGAAAGACAUUAAGUUUUCAAGUCAGAGGAGAUCCAGGGGCAAAAGUUAGCAUGGUGGCCGUGGACAACGCUGUGUUUCUGCUCAACAAGGACAGACUGACACAGAGGAAGCUCUGGGAUGUGGUGGAACACAGAGACAUCGGCUGCACCCACGGGGGAGGCAGGGAUGCCAAGGCAGUGUUCUCCGACGCAGGGCUGCUCUUCUCCUCCAGCGCAGGAUUCAAAACCGAAACAAGACAAGCCCUGCAGUGCCCUGGAAGAACCAGAAGGAGGCGCUCUGCUGAACUGCUGAAACGUAAAGCCCAGCUGGAGGAUUAUUACAAGGAGAAACUGCAGCGUCGCUGCUGUAGGGACGGCCUCAGGGAGAUCCCCAUGCCGUACUCCUGCACGAGGCGCUCCCUUUACAUCACAGAGGGCUGGGAGUGCAUCCGUGCCUUUCGAUACUGCUGUGCCACAUACAGAAACCAAGAGUUUGACACCCAAAUUCCAACCACCCCACCACCCAUGACCACAGCUCCACCUACCACAUCAGUUCCAAGACUUUCUUUCAUACAUCCUUUUGCUAGAAGAGAUGGGUCUGUACAAAGAAUGCACCUCUCGCCAAAAACAUUUGCCGGUAAAGCCUCCAGAGUCAUGGAAGCACACAAGCCUCCCCACCACAGCAAGAGAUUACCUGGACUGCCUGAAUCACCUGAAGUGCACAUGAAAUAUUCCAAUGUAAAUAAAAUGGCACAAGAAGAUGUGGUUAUGGAAACAACAGGGGAAAUGGUGGAGGACGUGGAGGAGUAUGAGGAAGAUGAAGAGGAAGAUUGGGAGUACCUGGAUGAGACUCAAGUCUAUCUGCGGUUCAAGUUCUACGAGUCGUGGUGGAUGGAAGUUGACCUGCCCAGCCAGGCAGACAGAGACGGGUUGGCCUCAAAGACUGUGAACCACCCCUUACCUGACAGUAUCACAGAGUGGGGAGUCCUGGCAGUAAGCUCAUCACCUCAUACAGGUUUCUGUGUUGCUGAGCCGUACAAUGUCAGAGCACGGAAGGACUUCUUUGUGGACCUGAGGCUGCCGUAUUCAGUGGCAAGGAACGAGCAGCUCGAGAUAAAAGCUGUGGUCCAUAACUACGGCUAUGAAGAGAUGCAUGUAAGGGUAGUGCUGAUGAAGACAGAAGGCAUGUGCAGCAUUGCCUUCAAGGACAGACACACACAAGAGCUGACACUGGCGCCGGGCUCUUCUGUGGCGGUGCCUUACACCAUCGUCCCACUGGUGGUGGGGAAGCUACCUCUGGAAGUGAUGGUGGUCGGCAGAGACAUGACGGGAGGAGAUCGUAUCCAGAAGCAUCUACGUGUGGUGAUGGACGGAAUGCAGAAGACUGAAGUGUGGAGUGCUGUGCUGAACCCAUCUGCUGAGGGAGGAACACAGACACUUCAUGUUGAAAAGAUGAAACUGAAGUCAGUUGUCCCAAAUUCUGUGCCUGAGACUUUCAUCAAUGUCAGAGGGAAUAUUUUGGCAGACAGCAUCGAUAACUCCAUCAGUGAGGACUCUCUGGCCUCCCUGAUCCGGAUGCCCGGCGGCUGUGUGGAGCAGAACUUGGCGAGCAUCACUCUGCCGCUCAUCGCCACUCUCUACCUGGAGAGAACGAACGACUGGGAAAGUGUCGGGGUGCAGCGUAAGGCUGAGGCUAUCCGAUACAUUAGGAGAGGCUAUGAGAACCAACUGGCCUACAGAAAGAGUGAUGGCUCUUACCCCCCGUACAGGAGGGAAGGCGCAAGCACAUGGAUCACGGCAUACGUUGUUAAAGUUUUCUCCAUGGCUCACUCCAUCAUUGGCAUCAACGAGCAGCAAGUGUGUGAACCUCUGCUCUACCUGUUGAAGAACAAACACCAACGUUUGACAGGCAGCUUCAGAGAAGACAACCCAGUUUACAGCACCACCAUGACUGGUGGUGUAGGUGUCCGUGGUGAUGAACAUCAGAUAACCCUGACAGCCUUUGUCCUCAUAGCGCUUGCUGAGGCUAAGCAGGCCGGGAUCCGUUGCAAUGAUCCAAAUUUUAACACAGAGGCUAUUAUCCGUAAGACAGCUGAUUACCUGAAUAAAGGGCUGUUAAAGAUGGGAAGGCGGCCGUACACUGUGGCCAUCACUUCCUAUGCAUUGGCUCUGCUGGGGAAGUCACAGCCCUUCAACCCGACCCAAGUUCUGCUCAGAGCAUCUGAAGAUGGUCACUGGCCCGACACACAGAACACCUUGUUCUCACUGGAGGCGACCGGCUACGCCCUGCUCGCUCUGAUCAAGUUGGGACGUAUGGAGGAAGCAGCAGCACCGUUUAAAUGGCUGAACAGCCAGCGGAGGAGAGGUGGAGGCUUCGGCUCAACCCAGUCCACCAUGGUUGUGCUGCAAGCACUGUCAGAGUACCUGAUCCACAAACCUCCACCUGGAGACCUCAGUUUGGAUGUGGACGUCAGGAUAACAGGGCGCAAGGAAAUCCGCUACCACUUUGACCCCGUGACCUCCUAUGCUGCUCGAUCCUCCAGGUUGCCCGCUGAACUUGAUUUGGAAGUGGAGGCUCGGGGAAACGGACAGGGAAUACUGGAGGUUGUGACUUAUUACAACCAGCUGCAUGAGGUGGAUGAGAAACUUCCCUGUCAGCACUUUGAGCUCAACGUCACUAUUGAAGAAUCAGGCGAAAAGCCUCCCGCAGAUGUAGAAAAAUCUUACCAGAUCACCAUCAAAGUGAGGGCCUUAGGACCCAGAGACGUCAGGAUGGUGGUUCUAGAUAUUAGUCUGCCCACUGGUUUCACUCCAGAGAACUCAGACCUAGAGAUGUUGUCCAACUCGGUGGACCGUUACGUCAGCAACUUCCAGAUAGUUGAUAACCUGAGCGACCGAGGCUCUCUGAUUUUACACCUGUUCAAGGUUUCCCACAAAGAGCCAGAGAUCCUGAUCUUCAGGCUUCAACAGAGCUUCAAAGUUGGCCUCCUGCAGCCCUCCUCAGUUACUGUCUAUGAAUACUACAACCAUGAUCACCGCUGCAGUCGUACCUACAAUCCCAAGGAGGACAGAGAGGAGCUCACGCAGAUCUGCAGGGACAAUGUCUGCCGCUGCACGCAGGGUGACUGCUGUGUCUCCAAAAGUGAUACUGAAAACUUCCCCAACCAAGAGAGAGAGACUUUUGCCUGCAAAAGUUUACACCACGUUUUCCAGGUGAAGGUGCUGAGUCUCAGCCAGAGUUACUACGACAAAUACGAGAUGGAGAUCACGCAAGUUAUCAAACUGGGUGAGGAGGCUGGAGUUGAAGUGGGACAAAAGCGGGUUUUCAUGUCUCAUGGAGGCUGCAGAGAUGAUCUCAACCUGACGCCGGGCUCCCAGUAUCUCAUCAUCGGCCCCAAAGAUGACCAAUGGAACAUUGAUAGUGAAACCAACAAGUACAUCUAUAUGUUAGGAAAAGACACCUGGGUUGAGCGCUGGCCUUCAUCUGCAGAGUGCUCCAGCGAUCCCAGCCUGCAGACCAAAUGCAAGACCCUCGAUGAUACCGCAUAUGAACUGUCUGUCAACGGCUGCAGGCUGUAGUCAGUCUUUGCAAUAAGUGAAUAAUGACAUACUAAAUGUGUUGCUCUGUGAAAAAAUACUACAAGUAGAGCUAGUUAUCGCCACAUACCCAUAAAGUUUUUCCCCAACUGUGAUGAUGCAACAUGAACUAGUUCCACUGUAAGAAUGUAUUAAUACUAAAAGGAAACCAAACAGCCUGUUCAAGGUUGUUAUAGCUUUUUUUUUUUUUUUAUGUUUGAAGUACAAAACCAAAUAGUAAAACUGUCACAAUGCCUACUUAAAGCUAUACAUGAAACAUAUU